AUGGUCUCCCACCGAGACCAAGAAGUCUUCAGAGAAGACUUCCGCAAUCGCAGACGCCUCAGCGCUACAGAACGCGAGGCUCUUUUGAAGCCAUAUCUCCCCGAUCCCUCCGACCUCCCGCAGCGCAAGAGCAGGAAGGCAUCGAUUUCGCGAAAGACACCUGUGCGGACAUUCCUCAAGUCCCAGAUCCACCAACUAACAUAUACGAUUAUACACAUCUUUUUCGGGAUUGCUAUUCGGUUCAUUCAGAGCUAUCAUGCUGUUGUGGAUCGGAUCUUUGCUAUUGUCUACUACCAUCAUCGGACGCCGGAGUUGAUUCGCAAGGAUGUAAAGGGGUUGAAGCGGUUACCGGAGCAUUUGAGUGUUAUACUCUCGCUGAGGAAGGAGGAUGAUGCGCUAGCUGUGUUGAUGGACGAAGUAGCCGAGUUGGCUGCUUGGAGUACCGCAUCUGGAAUCCCGACGUUGAGUGUGUAUGAGAAGACAGGAAUCCUCAAAUCCUGCAUCCCAACCCUCUACGAGCUUGUCACCAGCAAACUAUCCUCUUACUACGGCACUCCCUCCCAACAACCCAAACUCCAACUUUUCGCCCCCCACCACCCCGUCUACCAAACCUCAACCCCAACAGACACAGAUCCGUCCAAGUCCAACCCCGAAUCCCUAACCCUCCUCCUCCUCUCAUCCACUGAUGGCCGCGAAACCUUCGUCGACCUAACCAAGACCCUCGCCGAGAUGUCCCAAAACGGCAAGGUCUCGCCGCAAGACAUCACCCCGGAACUCGUUGACGCGGAAAUCAGUGAGAUCACCACGCAUCCUGCGCAGUCAGAUGAUGAUGGCGACGGUGCUUCUGUCUUCAUAAAGCCCGAGCCUGAUCUUCUCUUGGUGUUUGGGCCUUUCUUGAAACUGGAUGGGUAUCCACCGUGGCAUAUCAGACUUACGGAGAUGUAUUGCACGGGUGAUACAGGUAAUGGGUUGACGGGUUAUGGGGAGGCAGUUGAGUAUCAAGGUUUCGUUCAAGGGCUGUGGCAUUUUGCUGGGGCGCAGAUGAGGUUUGGACGGUGA